AUGGGAGGGAGGGAAGUGCAUAAGGCUGGGAGGGAAAAGAGGGGUGGAAGGCAGGGGUGAGGGGCGGUGGCGGAGGUAAACACAAUCAGCUGAGUGAGGGGGAGGACGCCACCAUCAUCAGGUGCAACAGUAACAGUAACGGCAGUAGUAACAGUAACGGCAGCAGCAACACACAAUGGUGCCACCAUUAUCUCAGGAGCACAAGAGUCAACUGUCCUUGUUGGUGAAGCAGGACGCAGCCGUCCUCAAUGACUUCUGUGGCCUGGCCGCCCAAUUUGUUAAACAUGGCGUCCACCCCAAAGUGUUUGCCUCGGCGGCACACAAACUGGGUGUCCUGCCAUCACAGGUGGAAGAUGCCAUCCGAGCACUUGUUUUUCUCCUCUCGCACAGUACGCAAGCAACUGCUACCAAGAUGGAGUUCCAAGACCUCAUUACCACACUGGGCUUCACUGAAGCUGCAGUGAAUGUACUCACUGAUGCUUAUACUGAUAAUGAAGGGGAAUUGAAGGAGUAUUUAAAAAAAAUGGGUGUUCAGAUACCACAUUACCACAAUUUGGAAUGGAGGUUCGACAUCCUGGUUGGCUCACGAGCACUUAGUCACAUAGCGGAACCUCUCAUUACACUGCAGCUGUCCUUAGAUACACAUACUUGUCCAGGCUCUCAGACUAACGAAGAUGAUGGUGGAGGAAAGCAGUCAGAGCCAGUGUAUGAUAAGUUACUACUUCAGACAGAUCCUAACAACUUAGUACAUAUGACAAGUGUGCUAGAAGAGGCACUUCAUGAAGCGCGUACACACCACUCUCGUCGUAUUCACAGAUAUAUAAAAUAACCUUGAUUGAUUUAUAUUACUAAGACAGCACCUUACCUGUGUAAUAUAGUCUGGAAGUUCCUAUGUGUACUAAGACAGCACCUUUCUAUUACAGCAAAGUUCCUAAGAGUUUUCUAUAUAACAAAAUUAAUAAAUACUUAUCAAAAAUUA